AUGUUGAGUCACCUUUCCCGCACAACACGGUUGUCGCUACUGGAGCCGACGAAUGCCGGAGGUCGCUGCAGCUGCGUUUGAUCGACGGGCCGCUUCGCCUCGAGCGACUUUAGGCUGCACUUGCUUCUUUACUUGUUUACUUGCCAAUGCUACGUGUUGAAUCAGAGGGAAAGCAAAGCACGCAUUGAAGUGCUGCCCCAUUGGUGAAGUAUGGGGGACGAAUCGGGGACAAGUGCCGGAGUCCCUACACCACGAACCCAUCUCCUGCCUCUUAGGGUUCGGAUAGCUUACAGCGUCGGCCAUGUGCUCAACGACCUGUGCGCCUCGAUGUGGUUCACCUACCUGCUGGUGUACCUCACGUUCGUGCGACAACUGCGUCCAACGCUCGCUGGUGCACUUCUGCUGGUCGGCCAGGUGGCAGAUGCAGUGUCUACUCCAUUUGUCGGGAUCGAGUCCGACAGGGAUGACGACUUCUGGCUCUGUCGUUAUGGGCGACGGAAAACAUGGCAUCUCAUAGGUACGUUGUGUGUAGUGGGAAGUUUCCCAUUCCUGUUCUCCGAGCCCUUGGGCAGGCAUCAGAGCAGCCAGGAGGCUGAGUUUGUCUACUAUGCGGCCUUCAUCAUCGUCUUCCAGUUUGGGUGGGCGUCCACCCAAAUUUCCCAUCUGUCUCUUAUCCCGGACAUCACGCCUAUCCCUCAUGAGAGGGUCGAGCUUAAUGCCAUGCGCUAUGCUUGUACGGUGGCAAGCAACAUAAUUGUGUACUUGGUUACCUGGGCUGCAUUGGGCGUAUCAGGUGCAGAUCAUGAGGCACAGGUGGGGCCUACCGAUGGCUUCGUCUUCAGAAACAUCGUCCUCAUUGUGGUUGCCAUUGGGGCCUUCUUCUCCUUCAUCUUUCACUUGGUCGUGCGCGAUCCGUCACGAGGUGGGCGUCGGGAAAGUCGCUCUCGUCAUACGGACGAGUACAUCCGGUCAUUGGUGCUUGACCGUUCCCACCACUUUGUGUGGAAGGACUGGUUCAGGGAGAAAGGCUUCUACCUGGUGGCCCUUCUAUACAUGUUCACUCGCCUGUACGUCAACCUAAACCAGGUUUACAUCUCCAUCUACAUUCAGGACACGCUUUUGCUACGAAGGGAAAGCAUAGCAAUCAUUCCUCUUGUCAUGUAUGUGAGUGGCCUCAUCGCAUCGCUACCCAUUAAGCUUGCAGCGAAACACAUUGGAACAAAGAAUGUGCACCUCCUCGGCGGUGCACUGGGAAUCGGUGGCUCCCUGUGGAUUCUUUUUGGUCAGAUGACUCCCAUGUACAAAGAUUAUCAAAUAUACGGUGUCGCCGCUGUUGUGGGGGCUGCGAGCACGACCAUGCUGCUUGCCAGUCUUGCCAUCACAAAUGAACUCAUUGGUGGCCACACGACAAGUGGUGCAUUUGUCUUUGGAGCAAUGAGCUUUAUGGACAAGAUGGCCAAUGGUAUUGCUGUGAUCAUUAUUCAGGAUGCACAUAAAUGCAAUGCGUGCAUAGGUGUACGAGACAACUACUACCAGAAAAUAAUGGUGUAUGUGUGCGGUGGAGCUGCUGUUGGGGGAAUACUCUUUGCUCUUUCACUCUUUGCCAUCAACCAUGACAGCUCACUAAAUACCAGGAAUGGUAGCAACGGAGUGUCAACGAAUACCAGGCCUGGGGAUAUUGUUGACGUUCGGUCCUCUAGUCCAGCCGAAUAUGAAGAGAGCAUUGGAAAUUACUUGCCAACGUCACCACUCCUAGGAUCAGCGUCAAGUGCAUAGAUCCGUCGAGUGCGUGGCUCGCAUGGUGCGCGUGGGAGAUUCGUUCGUUCAAGGACGCACUUGUGUGUGAGACAUUCCUAGGGACAUUUUACUCGUCGUCUUCCAUCACUGCGUUUCGGUGACGUCUGUUGUGCCCAGAGGGUUGUGAACCCGACGUGGGAUGUGGAAGAGCCAGAAAACAAGAUUUGACAGGGUUACUGGCACAUUCAGCUUGUUGGUCGAGACAUUACGCAAAGCAUGAAACGGCCUGCAUUGCUUUUUCUUCAGCUUUUCUUUUUCUAAGCUAGUUUUGAUUGAUGCCAACACAUUUUCAAGCAUUUGAAUUCACGUAGUAAUGUACACAUUAGGUGCAUCACUUUGCUGUGCACGUAAACUUUUGUUUCUUAGCAUUCGGAAAAAGAAAGGUGCAUUUGGAAGUGUUAAUGUCUGCCACAUGUUACUUCUUUAGAACAUUUGGUAUGUCCUUCUACUUCUACAACACAUAUUUUCAUGGAGAACUGCAGAACGUUUAAUGUCUCUUUUUCCCAGCCUACCUUCCAAGUAACAAGCAUACCUCAGUGCUUGUGCACUGUCAUUAAGUGGGUAUGCAUAGUACUAUAAGUAUUUUUAUUGAAUCUUCAUUUAUUAUUAUUGUUAGAGACAGCGGUAAUAAUCUCUACCUGUUGCCAUGUUUUAUAGUUUUAGUACAUUAUUACCUGCCCAUUUUAGUAGAAAUGCUUUUAUGAUAACUAUUAUACACAUUUUAUUAAUUUUCAAAUGGGCAGUUCUGGUAUUUGUGAUCAAGAUGACUUGUGGUUUGGGUGACACAUUUUCACUUUUCUGGCCACCUCUACACUCUCUUGCCAACGAUUACCAGUGAAUGAUUACCAACGAUUGCAUGAAUGCUGUUUGCCACUGUCACUACUUUUUUUCUUUUUUGCCAUCAUUCUGUUUAAGCAGCACUUGGAAUCCACUUCAGCUCUCUAGGUAUUCUUGGCAGGUUUUAAAAAAUUUGCACCGAAGUGUAUAGGCCAACAAUUCUGCAUACCAGUGGUGUUGAUU